AUGCCUGACUUCAAUGUAUGUGCAUGCACUCAACAUUUGGUUAACCAGGAGUUUCUUGACCUCCAUUCUUCUGAAUCUUACUUAUGGGGAAACAACAUAACCAGCCUUAAAUUACCUAGAAACCUUUCCUUUUCCAACCUUGAUUCCAUGGUAAUACUUGAGAGACAAGAUCAAAAGAUGGCUGAUUCAUUUAAAACUUGGGAGAAGAUCCAAGAAUCUGAUCAGCAGAACUUGGCAGUUUCCCGUCCUUUGGGGAGCUGCGAAGGUAAACCAGAGAGACUUCACAUGCACCAGCAGUCCCCCCAUCUCAAGACCUCUCAAGAUCAUUUAGAGCCUAAACAUACACAGUUUUUCUGGGACAUCCCUUCUCUACACAGUGAGUCCAUGAACUCUGUUGCUCCUGUGUGGGCUGACAGUUCCUUGACCUCUGGAUGCUUUCACAGAUUCUCAGAUUCUGCCAUACUUACUAACCACACACCAUUGUCCUUGCCUGAGAGUCAACCACAGAACUUGCCCCAAACUCUGUCCACAUCUCAGUCCCAACCUGUCCCUUUUGCCAAGACCCAGACCCAGCUUCAACACUCAAUUCCAGUGCUGUCAAUGCUGUCACCUUCUCUGCUAUCCCAGCUUAGAAUCUGUAGGGUGUAUUUUCACAGACCCCAGGAUAAAGCACAACCUCUUGAGGCCUCUUCAAUCCACUGCCUAGAAUACAGCAUCUUGAAAAAGGUGCAGGAAAGAGUGUGGGGUUUACCCACUGUGGUCAAAAAAUCCCAGGAAGAAUUUUAUCCCCCACCUCCCAAUCCCUCAUUAGUCAAGCAGUCUUCUAAGACCCAUGGUCCCAGGCCCAUCUCUCUUGGAAAUUUUCCCCUCACCAGUGAGAUCCAGAAGAAACUUGAGCACCACCUUCGAAAGAGGCUCAUCCUACAGCGCUGGGGCUUACCCUAGAGGAUUCGUAACUCUCUGUCAUGGAUGAGUCCUCAAGCAGAACUUUCAGAGGCAUCUUCAUCUACAAGCAACUAUGGGCUUUCAUGGAUCUCUUUCUUUAAGCAACAGGGCAGUAAAGACCCACACAACAAUGUAUUGAACAAACCUGAAACCUUCCCAGCAAGACAAUCAGGGGAGAAACUGUUAAUGGCAAAGGGACAUAGCCUAGAGACUGUUCAAAAACACCAGCUAUGGAGCAGCACCAAGGGCACUCCAGAUAAUGGUGGUCAAACAAACUGCCAAGGUUAUAUCAAGUGUGGACAGAAGCAGGUGUGGUCUGGGCUUCAAACAUUAGGGAUCGGGUUCAUAGGAAGAACGGGGCCCCUGGGAGUAGGUGAGGAUGAUGCUCAGUAUUAUCCUAGAGUAGAAACUUGA